UAUCGGUGAACAUUUGGGAGUCGCUGGCUUUCACACUGCGGGAGGGAGGUCAACACUGAACCGGACACCGAGAACAUCGCCGUUAACGAAGACUUAUGCGGUCCUACUAGCAGGGCAACAUGUUCAACAAGUCAUUUGGCACUCCCUUCGGUGGAGGGACGGGGGGGUUCGGCACCUCAUCGACCUUUGGACAGCAAAGCACAGGCUUCGGAACGACCGGAGGAUUUGGGACAUCUGCGUUCGGGACCACCGCCAAUACCGGAGGACUGUUCGGCGCCACGCAGAACAAACCUGGCGGUCUGUUCGGCUCCAGCACGUUCAGCCAGCCGGCCACGUCCUCCACCAGCACCGGCUUCGGCUUCGGCGCAGCGACCGGCACCUCCACCAGCCUGUUCGGCAACACGGGGACGGGCACCAGCGGCGGACUCUUCUCCCAGCAGAGCAAUGCCUUCGGCGCCAACAAACCCACCUCGUUUGGAAGCUUCGGGACGAGCACCAGCAGCGGCGGGCUGUUUGGCUCCACCAACACCACCUCCAACCCUUUCGGAGGAGCCAACUCUCUGUUCGGAGGCUCGGGCUUCACCGCCGCGCAGCAGCAGCCGGGAACCACCGUCAAAUUCAACCCUCCAACAGGAAGUGACACGAUGGUGAAAGCAGGCGUGACCACGAGCAUCAACACCAAACACCAGUGCAUCACGGCCAUGAAGGAGUACGAGAACAAAUCCCUGGAGGAGCUGAGGCUGGAGGACUACCAGGCGGGCAGGAAGGGACCCACCAACCCGAUGGCUGCGGGGACCGGCGGUCUGUUCGGCGCGCCCACGGCCACUUCCAGCGCCGCCACCGGCCUGUUCGGCUCCACCGCCCCAAACACCAACUUCUCCUUCGGGCAGAACAAGAGCACGUUUGGAGCCGCACCAGCUGCCGGUGGUUUCGGUGCGACCACAGGCGGUCUGUUCGGUCAGCAGCCGCCACAGCAGGCCAACAGCCUCUUCAAGCCGUUCGGUCAGACGACGACCACGCAGAGCAGCGGCUUCUCCUUCGGAAACACCAACACCAUGGGCCAGGCCAACACCAGCAGCAUCGGUCUGUUUGGAAACACGGCGGCGUCUCAGUCGAGCGGGUUGUUUGGCGCCGCUCAGACGAGCACCGCCACGGGCUUCGGGACGGGCACCGGGCUGUUCGGCCAGACCAACACUGGAUUUGGAAACGUGGGCACACAGCAGAGUUUAUUCGGUAAUAAGACGGCCGGGUUCGGCACCACCACCACCAGCGCUCCGUCCUUUGGCACCGGUACCGGUCUGUUUGGGAACAAGCCGGCUCUGACUCUGGGGACGGGGACCAACACGUCGUCCUUCGGUUUUGGUGCGAACCCUGCAGCAGGGAGUCUGUUUGGAAACAAGCCGGCCACCGGAGGACUGGGGACCGCACUGGGAACCAGCUUUGGAGCAGCAGUGGGCGCUGGACAGACGUCUCUGUUUGGGAAUAACCAGAACAAACUGGGCACCACACUGGGAACAAUGGGAACGUUCGGAGCGACCGGAUUCAGCAGCGGAACCAGCAGCCUCGGCUUCGGAGCUCAGCAGCAGCCUGUUGCGCUCACAGAUCCAAACGGGGCGGCCGCCCAGCAGGCCAUGCUGCAGCAGCAGCUCAGCGUCCUGGCCUACUCUCCGUACGGAGACUCGCCGCUGUUCAGAAACCCGCUGUCAGACCCCAAAAAGAAGGAGGAGCGCCUGAAACCGACCAAUCCGACGGCCCAGAAGGCUCUGACCACGCCCACCCACUACAAGCUGACGCCCCGCCCUGCGACCAGAGUCCGCCCCAAAGCGCUGACUUCAUCGGGGGCGUCCAAGUCGCAGCUGUUCGACGGCCUGGACGACGACGAGCCCUCGCUCACCAACGGAGCCUUCAUACCCAGGAAGAGCAUCAAGAAGCUGGUGCUGAAGAACCUGAACAGCAGUCAGUACAGCAGCCCGGUCAACAAAGACACGGACGACCUCGCCUCACCUCCAGAGUACCCGCAGAACGGACACAGCCACAUGGAGGAGGAGGAGGAGGAGGCGGCGGGACCCAGCGGUCGGCCCGACGACGACCCCGAGGUCACCCAGUUCUACGUCAACCCCAUCGCCAAGCCGAUCCCGCAGGGCCGCGCCCAGACCAGCCUGCAGGACACCAUCAGCGACCUCAACAUGCACAAAGCUGCACGCAACGGGCUGGAGCUGAGCAGCGAGGACGUGUCGGCGUCUCUGGGGGACGAGUCUCUGCAGGAGGACAGAGAGGAGGAGCAGCAGGAGUCCCAGCAGUCUCCGCACCCCGCAGGCGUCGUGCUGAGCCGUGUGGGUUACUACACCAUCCCCUCCAUGGACGAGCUGGCCGACAUGCUGGAUGAGAGCGGCGAGUGUGUGGUGGAGAACUUCACCAUCGGCAGGAAAGGCUACGGCUCCAUCUUCUUCCCCGGCGAGGUGAACGUGACGGGGCUGAACCUCGACGACAUCGUGCACUUCAGACGCAAAGAGGUCAUCGUGUACCCCGACGACAAGAACAAGCCGGCCGAGGGGGAGGGGCUGAACAGGCGGGCGGAGGUGACUCUGGACGGCGUUUGGCCGAACGACAAGACGACGUGCACCCAGAUCAGGAGCCCCGAGCGUCUGAGCGACAUGAACUACGAGGGGCGUUUGGAGAAGGCGUCCCGCCGACAGGGAGCCCGCUUCCUGGAGUACCGACCCGAGACCGGGUCCUGGGUGUUCGAGGUGGCCCAUUUCUCCAAAUAUGGCCUCCAGGACUCUGACGAGGAGGACGACGUCCCGCCAAAAGCCGACCCCAAGAAGCUGAAGACGAUGAUGUCACUUCCUGCCUCCAGGCUGCAGCAGCUGCCCGCCUCCCAGCAGCAGGUGGCGCCUCAGGCUCAGGUAGAGCGGCCUGCGCCCACCAACACUCUUCAUCCUCAUCUUCAUCAUCCUCACUGACCUCAGCAGCGUUUCAUCAGCACUCAGAACAAGUUUAGCUUCGAUUUUAGCAAUAAAAACGGAGGCAAAGAGAAUUUCCUUUUUGGGGUUAAAGUGCGAGCCGCUUCUUUCAGUUUUUCUUCGUUUGCACUGACGGCUGCCGUCGUCUCGCAAACACGGGAAUUCAUUUCUAUCUUCAGCGAUGCGGCCGCAUCACUAACGGCUCUGCAGCGAGUCUCUCCUGUCAGACACAAAAUGACCCGUCUGAUGGCGGCUGCUUUCCGCCGGCUGAAGCCGUCUCCCGCGUCUCAGAGUGAGACGUUUGUCUCCGGCCCGGCAGCGUGUCGAGUGUCUGACAUGUUGUCGUGUUUGAGGUUUGAUCCAGAUCUGACGCCGUAAAGCCAAACCAGCUCCGAACGACUGACGCGACUGUGGCCUGUUUGGAAACGUACUUUGCUUUUUUUGAAACUGGUCGUGAAGGACAAACUGUAUUUGGUGAUGAAAAGGAUUUCUGUCCCUGCGGGCUGUCUCUGCAGUCAGCAGAGGGACAGAACGGACGGGCUGCUUUCGGGUUUGCUGCUGCUCGGCCUUUUGGUUUCAUGUUUUAAUUAAAAAAAUGUCUUUAAUGAAAUUUAGUAGACUUUGCAAACGCAGUGGUGGAGCUGUUUGGGGUUAUUUUGAGCGUUCGGGGUUUCAGAGUCAGAAUCUUUGGCUGCUGGAUUGAAGUUUUUGUUGAGGUGAAAUCGUGGAGGGAUGAGAGGGGAGCGAAAUGUUCGGUGUGUCAGAGAAGUUCGAGCCCGGCCGCGCCGUCACUGCGAACACGGCGAGGUUUGCAGUUUUGCUGCCGUCGGUCCCGUUUCUUUUGUUCUUUUUUCUUUUUUAAAUCAGACUACAGUCUGAAUUUUAGGGAUGUGAUUAGUUUUGUGUUUUUAUUGAAUAGGAGACAUUUCCUGAAACUGCAGCGUAGUUUUUUCACUCUGCUGAACCAACAGGAAACAGUUCGACCUCGAGCAGCUUUUUUCUGGAUCUUCUGCUGCUUCAGUUUGAGCUCAAACACACAUUUAACUCUUUAACUCUCACAUGUCUCUCAGAACAUAACUCUCAGAAAUAACUGAAAAUAACUGAGCACGAGUCUCUGAGUCCAGAGACGUCUCCGAGAGCGUCUGUUCUUGUAUCCGAUGAGUUUUCAUUAUAACGAACUUUAUUUAAAGGUUAUUUCAUGUUCAGCACGUUCACAGUCGAACAUUUUAGACUCCGGAUUUAUGACUAAAAAUGUGCUAAUUAGUUAAUGAAAGAAAAGUGAAUAAAGUUACUGAAGAUGAGUUUUAAUCUUUGGUCUGUAAACUUUGUGCUAACAUUAAAAUUCAGCAGCUGACAGCC